GCUGGGCGCGUGGAAGGGGACGUUGAUUAGGCCUACACAGAUAAAAGUAUUUAUGCUGUGAUUCACAUUAAUUUAGAAUAAAGUUUAAGUGCAUUUUUACAGGUAAAUCAUCGGUCGGUAAAUCCGACUCCAAAUCACCCGUGCGUAAAAUCUGAAAACCGUUUUUGGAGAAAUGUGGCAGUCCUAUUGCUUGGUGCUGGUGGGCGCGGUGGUCGUGAGCGCUCAGUUCCCCAGAGAGUGUGUGACACCCGAAGGACUCCGGAGUGGACAGUGCUGUCCGUCGCCCUCUGGACUCAACGACGACCCGUGUGUCUCCAGCGAAGGGCGCGGGCAGUGCUUGCCCAUCACGGUGGACGCGCGCCCGCACGGUCCUCAGUACCCGCACGACGGACGGGAUGACCGGGAACGAUGGCCAAUCCGUUUCUUUAACCGCACCUGUCAGUGUAACGGAAACUUCAGCGGCUAUAACUGCGGCCGCUGCAGACACGGAUGGACGGGGCCCGGCUGUGACCAGCGGAUUUCUGUUGUAAGAAGAAACGUGAUGCAGCUCAGCGCGGCUGAGAAACUGGCCUUCGUGAGCGCGCUGGACCAGGCCAAGCGCACGGUGCACCCCGACCUGGUGAUCGCCACGCGGCGCUACCCAGAGAUCUUCGGGCCCGACGAGAACACCGCGCAGUUCGAGAACAUCACCGUCUACAAUUACUUCGUGUGGACCCACUACUUCUCGGUCAGCAAGACGUUCCUGGGUGCGGGGCAGGCCAGUUUCGGGGGAGUGGACUUCUCCCACGAGGGCCCCGGUUUUGUCACUUGGCACAGGUUCCACCUGCUGCAGCUGGAGCGAGACAUGCAGGACAUGCUGCAGGACCCCUCCUUCGCCCUGCCCUACUGGAACUUUGCCAUCGGUGGGAGCACCUGCGACAUCUGCACGGAUGACCUGAUGGGAGCCAGGAGCAGCUUUGACAUGAAUUCCCUCAGCACCAACUCCCUCUUCUCCCAGUGGAGAGUCAUAUGUGAGAGCGUGGAAGACUACGACACACUGGGAACCAUCUGCAACAGCACCGAAACGUCUCCCAUCAGGAGGAACCCCGCGGGGAACGUCGACAGGCCGAUGGUCCAGCGUCUCCCGGAGCCGAAGGAUGUGGCCGACUGUCUGCAGGUCAACGCUUUUGACACGCCCCCUUACUACUCCACUUCCUCCGAAAGCUUCCGAAACACGAUUGAAGGCUACAGCGCCCCCCAGGGGAACUAUGACCCCGCGGUGAGGAGCCUGCACAACCUGGCCCAUCUGUUCCUGAACGGGACGGGAGGACAGACUCACCUCUCCCCCAAUGACCCCAUCUUCGUCCUGUUGCACACCUACACCGACGCUAUAUUUGAUGAAUGGUUGAAAAGACACAGUCCAGAUUCCUCUCUGUAUCCCGAAGAAAAUGCCCCCAUCGGUCACAACAGAGGCUACAACAUGGUGCCUUUCUGGCCUCCGGUGACUAACGCCGAGAUGUUUUUGACUGCCCCUGAAAAUCUUGGUUACUCUUACGAAGCUGAAUGGCCAGCUCAAGCUUUCAGUAUGACUGAAAUCCUCACCAUGGCGAUAGUCUCUGCCCUCGUGCUGGUCGCGGUCGUGUUCGCCGUCACGUGUGCCGUGCGUGCCAAGUCUCGCAAGAUGGAGGGCCACCAGCCUCUGCUCGGAGACCACUACCAGCGCUACGACGAUGACAAAAGCCAAUCCGUGGUCUAAGAUCGUUGUGUGAACAUGAGCCUCUCUCUUCUCUCUACUUUGAACGUCACACAGCGGUGCAGGUUGUUGAAACACGGGUCUGUUCUCACUGAAGAGCUUGUGUAGGUUAUUCAAUGCGUCAACAAUCUAUUUUGGCUACAUUCAUGUCCCUAUAGCAAAGCUGGUGUCGUUGCAUUUUGUUUUUCAAAUAGUACAGAUGUGAAGCACUCAUUGAAGAUGCAUUUUUGGAGUUGAAAAGGUUUAGAUGUAUGCGAUGCCUUCUUCGAUAAUUGUUUUGCAAUGAUCUCAAUCGUUUGAAAAUGUGUUAAAAUAAAGAGAACAUGGCCAACGGAAGUGUUGGUGUGACAGUGGUGCCAGCAGAUGGUGCUGAACUGGUGCUAUCAGCUUUUACUGAAAAUUACUUUUCAGGAUCUGCAAUGACGCCUCCUGUAGUUUAGAUUUUGAUAAUGCACUAAGUAAUAUGGAGAUCAGCUGUAAAGGAUGUCGAUUUUCCGUUUGAUAUAUUUAGCUUUUAAACACAUUGGCGUAAAACUAAUUAAUUAAAACAUACACGACCACAAGUCCCGCCAUGUUUGUAGUCCGUAGAUAAUUAUCGAUGCAAAGUGAUGGUUUGAAAUACACUGCUCGUGUAAUGGAGCAACGACGACCACUGGGGGGUGCAAGAGUUCAAUUUCCAAAAGGUCAUGUUGUUGGGAGGAGUGAUAUGCUUUGAGGUGAGUGGGGGUUGUAUUUAAAUGAUGGAUUAAGAUAAAUUGAUCCAAAUGGCCAGCUGAAAUGUAAUUCACGAAAGUUCAAAGAAAAGUGUCUAUAAAGUGAUUAUAAUCAGAUGUGCUCAAA